CUCUAAUAGCUUACCUUUCACCUUCUUCGUACCCAACCCAUCUACAACGUUCUUAAUGCUGAAGAACUUGUCAGUCGUCUAAUUGCUCAGAAGCGCACUCCACGGUUUUACUUUUUAUUUUGUUUACGUAGCGUACGACUGUGUCGGUAAAAAUUAUUAUUCUGGGGGCUCACUCUCUUUGACUGCCGUUCGUGGAAUAUUUUUUGUAAAGGUGGGGCCCAAAUAGUGAUCACCGAUAGAAAGCUUUUCUUCACUUGACUUUAACGUGAUAUGUGUGGUUUUUAUUUCUGAUUUUUGUGAUUUAUGAUAGGAUAGGAUAGAUACCAAAAUGCCGACGGAUAUCUGUCGAUGGUUAAUUUUACUAAUUUCGUUAUCAACAUGGAUUUCGUUUACAAAUUCGAAGGAGAUGCGCGUGGUCUGUUACUACACGAAUUGGUCAGUAUACAGGCCUGGAACGGCAAAAUUUAGUCCACAAAAUAUAAAUCCAUACUUGUGCACACAUUUAAUUUAUGCUUUCGGUGGAUUUACUAAAGAAAACACAUUGAAGCCGUUCGACAAAUACCAAGAUAUUGAAAAAGGUGGAUAUGCAAAAUUCACUGGUCUAAAAACAUACAAUAAAAAUCUAAAAACCAUGUUAGCCAUUGGUGGUUGGAAUGAAGGUUCAUCUAGAUUUUCACCAAUGGUCGCGAGUUCCGAAAGAAGAAAGGAGUUGGUAAAAAACGCUGUAAAAUUCUUAAGACAAAACCACUUUGAUGGUCUCGAUCUUGACUGGGAAUAUCCUACGUUUAGGGAUGGUGGGAAAUCGAGGGAUAGAGACAACUAUGCCCAACUCGUAAAGGAAUUAAGAGAAGAGUUCGAAAGAGAAUCAGAAAAAACCGGCCGAACAAGACUGUUGCUUACCAUGGCCGUUCCCGCAGGAAUUGAAUAUAUUAAUAAAGGUUAUGACGUGCCCAAAUUGUCAAAAUACUUGGACUGGAUGAACAUUUUAAGUUACGAUUACCAUUCAUCUUAUGAACCAUCAGUAAACCACCACGCUCCUUUGUUAGGUUUAGAAGAAGAUUCUGAAUAUAAUUAUGAUGCUGACCUAAAUAUCGACCAUACUAUCAAACAUUAUCUAGAGUUAGGAGCGGAUCCCAGCAAACUUGUUCUGGGAAUCCCCACUUACGGAAGGGCAUACACAUUAUUCAACCCUGACGCCAAUGAAAUUGGAUCUCCCUCGGACGGUCCUGGAGAAAUGGGCGAAGCUACCAGGGAAGCUGGAUAUCUUGCAUACUAUGAGAUCUGUGAAUCCAUAAAAUCAGACGAGUGGGAAGUGGUUCAGCCAGAUGAAGAAGCCAUGGGCCCUUAUGCCUUUAAGGGUAACCAAUGGGUCGGUUACGAUGAUGAAGGUAUCAGUCGUAAAAAAGCACAAUAUGUAGCUAAAAAUAAUCUUGGGGGAAUCAUGUUUUGGUCCAUCGACAACGACGAUUUUAGAGGAAGCUGUCAUGGUAGACCAUAUCCUCUUAUCGAGGCUGCCAAAGAGGCAUUGAUAGAAGCUUACGGAAUUACUGAGGAUAAUCUAAUUGCACCAACUUUAAAACCAACGAAGAAAACUAGAACAAGGACGAAAGUUUCCAGUAAAGAUGAAAGUGACAACCAAGUAUCGACAAACAGUAGUCGUAGAAGAAAUAGGAAUAAAACCACUACAACCGAACCUCCAAGAAAAACUUCAUCUAGACAAAAUACUAGAAGAAAUAGGAAUAAAAACAAGAAAAACCAGGAAGGAACUUCGACAUAUAGUAGCUUAAAGGUAGUGACACCUAGUUACACCACGCCUGCCCCACCUGCAACACCAGAUAUGGGCGGAGCCUUCAAAUGUGAAGAUGAAGGUUUUUUCCCACAUCCAAAGGAUUGCAAAAAGUAUUUCUGGUGUUUAAGCGGUGCCGGUGACUCAGGAAUCGUUGCUCAUCAAUUUACAUGUCCAGCUGGUUUAUACUUCAACAAAGCUGCAGAUUCUUGUGAUUAUACACAAAAUGUUUUGUGCAACAAAAAAAUAGCCAAAACCACAUCGACCACAGCUUCUUUAGAAUCAUCCAGCUCUACUACGACUGUAAAAUCGAGUCUAUUUUCUACGACAAGAGUUCCACCCAAAAUCACUGCUGCCACCAGCAGAACCACAUACUCGCAAAGAACCACUGAACCAACUAUCAUAGACGAUGAUGAGGAAUACGAAGAAUAUGAAGAUGAAGAAAGAUCGGAGGAAGAUCCUAAAGUAAUUAAGGAACUUAUUGAUUUAAUUAGAAAAGCAGGUGGUAUUGAAGAAUUAGAAAAACGUCUUCAUGGAGAUUUUACCAGCACUGGUUUGGAUUCAACCACACCAUCAACAAUAAGUAAAAGUUUGGUUGCUAGAGUUUUGGGUCAAGCUGGAAGAAAUACUCUUACUAACGCAAAAACGUUUCCAUUUACAAACAAAAACAGUCGUGGAUCUCAAACAUUUGGAAUCUCUAAAGAAGAUAGUCAAACUGCCAAAAGUAAAUCUGAAAGACCACAAUACACAAGUAUUUCAAGAUCAAGACCUACAACAAACAAAAAAGAUGAAGAAGACGAUGAAACCGAAGUCAAGGAUGAAGAAGUGCAAGAAAAAAAAGAAAAAACAUCUUUGUUUAGAAAUAUUAAGAAGAAUAGCAUUCCUGAAUAUACCAGUAUAAGACGUCCUAAAGUCAGUUCAACAACCGAAAUUAAUGAUAACGAAAGAAGUAAACUUGUAGAGAUCGAUACCGAGGAUAGUGAAGAUGUUGAUGAAGAAGAAGAGAGUAAAAGUAAACCAUCUACACCUAAAUAUGUUAACAUAAGAAGGCAACGUCCAUUGACAACCGAGGGUUCGGUAACAACAUCAAAAUACAAGCAAAUACAAAGAAGUACAACCAGUCAACCAGCUGUACUUGAAGAAAAUACAUCAACAAAGUAUAAAUUAAUUAAUGUAAAUACAACAACCGAUUCUAAAGACGAAGAAAUAGAAGUAACCACGUCAAAAUACAAAAGUUUAAGAAGAGGCACUACACCCCCAAGUUCAACAAUUUUAGAUGAAAAUGAAGUUUCGGGAGUGAGUUACAAAACUCUCCAACGCGGCUCCACUGAAUCUUAUGCAACAGAAGAUAAUUCAUCUUUAAAAUAUAAAAGUAUAAAAAGGGGCUCAACCACACCAAGCACAACAAUAUCAGAUGAGAAUGAAGUAUCUGCUGUUAGUUACAAAACUCUUCAACGUGGCACUACUGAAUCUUCUGUGACAGAAGAGAAUUCAUCUUUAAAUUAUAAAACGAUUCAACGUGGUAACAAUAAUAUUGAAGAGUCGUCAGAUAACCAACCCUCUCCUAACCCUUUAAAAGAAAUAAUUAAAGAAUUUGAUAUUCCAGGCGUUUUAGGAUUAGAAACAUCUUCACCUGCCACAACAGAUGCAAAAAUAUCAUCACUUCAAUCUAAUUCCGAAAUAGAAUCAAUAACUCUGCCACAAGUAAGCUCCGAAAUACCAAUUUCUGAUGCCUUAUUAUCCACAAAAUUACUUCCCGUCACUACAUAUACAGACGAAACAUCCACAGAAACAACAAAAGACAUUACUGGCUCUCCAGUACUAAACAGAAGAACACCUACUCUUUUAGAACCGCGCCCUUUCUCUGUGAGAGGUUCGACAACAAAAUCAAAAACUGAGUCUUCAACACAGUCAGCAAAGGUGAGUGAAUCAAAUUUCAAACUACGAUUAAGGGACAAGGCACCGGAAUUGCACAACGUUUUAUCUACCGACAGUUCGGUAGACGCUGCAAAGCUUAAGACUAGAGGUAAUUCUAGAUUUAAUGUAGGAAAACAAAAUGUAAAACUCGAUAAUGCAGAAGAAAGCGAACAAUCCCCAAGAUUGCCUUCAUUAAGAUCGCGAAAACGUUUACACACUACCGAAAGAAUUAGUACAAAUGAUGGAAGCACUUUGGAACCAAGAAAUUAUAGACCAGCUGAACUUGCCGAUUUAUCAUCGUUAACUGCAAUUGAUGUAUCGGUAAUAAAAGGUUUAGAUGGGUCUAAUAGGCACAUAAGAGGUAGAGGUAGACCCAGAUUUACACCAUCAGCUUCAACUACCGCAGCAGCAAUAAAAGAAGUUGAUGACAAUCAAGAAGAAAACUUAAAUAAAAGCUCUAGAACGCUACUACGAAAAUACACGCAAAACCCUACACUCGGAAAAGGUAGAAGAGUUCUUACUAAAACUACUCCCAGUGAAGAUCAAGUUAACUCUGAUAGUACUACAAGAAAAGUUCGUGUUUUCUCCAGACCAGCAUCUGAAGCAACAACUGAAUUUACCCAGACAAGUAUUAAAAAUAUUAAAGUUGUAAGGAGAUUUAGACCGACAACGCCUAAUUCACUAUCUGACAAUGAAGACAAAGAUGACAAUAAGGAUUCUAUAAAAAGAAGACUUUCUAGAUUUUCUACAACGGAAAACACUUUAAGUUCCACUAGAUCAAUACGUUUUCGUCCAAGUUCAACAGAAAGUUCUAAAGAAGUUGAUGUAGCGAAAGGUUCUAUAAAUCUUCUUUUAUCCGGAAUCUACUCUAAGGUAGCUGAAGAAAAAGAGGAAUCAGAUGAAAUAAGUGCUGAAGAAGGUGAAAAUAUUAGACUGUCCGAAUCAAAUAUUAGAGAAAACAGUGAUAUCAACAGUUUAUCAAAAGAUAAAAGUUAUGAUAAAGUAAGCAACUCAAAGGUAUUAGGAAAAUCUGAUGUAUCAGAUAAAAAAAGUAAAUCUGAAACAGAUACAAAAUUAAAUGAAGAAACAACCAAAUUAUCCACUCAAACCCCAGAAAUCACGACCAAACGUAAAGUAUCUGAACCUCCAAUUAUUGUAAGAACAAGAAAAAUUAUCAGGAAAUUAAAACCAACUCAACCUUCAAUCACAACAUCGGUUUCUAUUACAACACCGUCUUCCAUUACAACAUCAUCUACAGAAAAAGUAUCUUUUGAUAUUUCAGAUACUGGUAGGAGAAGAAAAGUAAUUCGUAGGUUUAGACCCACGUCAACCACUGAAAACACUUUAGAAUUAACUACAACCAAUACUAACGCAAAUAAUAAAUCUAGAAGAGUUAUUAUUAAAGGAAAACCUAAGACAGAGAAUAAAGACAACAUAUUCAGAAAUAGAAAUAGAUUCGCAUUGAAUACAACAAAAACAAUCAUAAAAGAAGAUAACGAUAAAGUGACUGUUAAUGUAUCAAGUCGAGGCCGUUUUAGACCCACUUUGGACUUAUCAAGCGUAGUAACUGAAGCUAACGUUGAAACAUUAGCUUCUAAAUAUAAAACUAUAACGAGAACUACAAUAACUACUACAAAUACCCCGGAAAAUCAAGAAGAAGAAUACGAUGAUGAGGAAGAAUACGAUGAUGAAGGAGAUGAAGAAGGUGAAGAGGAUGAAGUUGAAGAUAAAAAUACUAGCACUGAAAAUGAUACUUUAGUUGUAAAUGCCCGCGCUGAAAAAAUAGCUGAAAACGCAAAUGAUACAAAUGUUGAACCCAGUACAAGACCUCCAGUUAAAAGUAAUUUACUUCGCACUGGCGCAGAAAGACCUUCCUUUAAACCAUUGAAAUUAAAUCUAAGUAUUAAAUCCGAUUCCGACAAAACUAAUAAAAAUGCUAACAUAAACUCAUUAACAUCAAGGAGAAACAGAUUUAGACCUGGAUUAUCUAGGUCUAAAACAAACGAAGAACAAGGAAUUGCCCUUAAAACUGGAGUUUUUCUACCUCAACGUCAAAGAGGUCAAUCCAGGACUACUACAGCUAGCAUAAAUCAAACUGAAUCUAUAGCUUCUAAAGAUAAUGUUGAUACUACACCUAUAAAUCUUGAAGCAUCUACUACAGAAGAAGUAAUAAAUAUAUUGGAUAUAACCACAAUUCAAACUCAAAAUGAUGAUGUUACAACAGAAAACGAAAUAGUAACAAUAGAAAAUAUUAGUUAUACGGACAAAGAAAUUGAAGAAAAAGCCAUAAAUACUGAAAGCAUAACAACUGUUGAGGCCACAACGAUUUUAAGUGAAAUUUCUGAAGUGAUUACCACUGAAGCAGCUUCAACCUUAGGUCCUGUUAAUAUUACAGAUGAAGCCAAAAUAGAAACCACAACUAAAAAUACAGUUGAAAAUACGACUCUAGAUGUAAAUGAACCAACAACAGAUCAAGAUUUUACCAUCCCAGACUCAACUGAAGUUCCUCUAACAACUGAAGACACAACCACAGAUGGUGCCACAACAAUUGUUGAAACCACAACACCUUAUUUACACAAGAGUACUUUAAGAUCUCUUGAAUCCCGCCCUAGAUUCUCAAUACCCAAAAAGCCUAAAGCAACAGUUACUAUUGAGACUACUUCCAAAGCUCCUACUAGUAGAUUUAGAAUAAAAUCUAGACCAAAAGAAUUUAAACCUGAAAUUAAACGCCCUGUUAGAAUAAGGCCAAGUUCUACAGCCACACCUAUAAAUAAGUUUAUCUAUAAAUAUAGCACUACUCCACGAAGUAGGUUUAGCAUUAAAAAGAAGCAGGAAGACAAAGUAACCGAAGAAGAGGAGGAGGAGGAUGUGGGAUUCGAAGACAGUGAAGAAGACAGUGAAGAGGAGAAAGAGGAAGAAGAAUUUAAAGAGAUCAGCUCACCUAAACCAUAUAUUGCAAGAAAAUCGACCACACCUAAAGUUAUAAAUAGUCCGUUUGCUGGGUCCAAAAAGGGAUCCAAAGUAAAAAACGUACCAAGAUUUACAAGUAAAUCACCUUCAAGAUCACCUAACAUACCUGAACCACAAGAUACAUUAACAGACAUUGAUAAUGAAGCCGUUAAAAACAGAAAUAAAAUUUUGUUCGCUAAAAAUAAAAUGAAUACUCCAUUUGCUGGCAUAGCAACAUCGCCCUCUUCAUCUACAGUUGAACUAUUAACAAUUGCUCAAACUACUGAAUCUUCGGGGGUGGCCGAAACCACUGAGUCGCUAACUACGUUGCACCAUGUGUUUGCUCAACCAGAAGACGAUAAUGAGAACACAACUGAAAUGCCUGGUUCGAUUGGUUCGUCGACACCACGCAAAGUAGAAAGACUUGUAGAAGUUAACAGAAUUGUUGAAGUUAAGGAGAAGGAAGCUCACUUAAAAAAGAAUCACACCCUAGAGGAGCAAUCUAAUGUGGUUAAAAUUGGAGCUAUUAAUAGAGUGACAAGUAUUAAAAUUGUCGAUGAAAAUAACGUAACAACUACAAUCUUAGAAGACUCUUUACAUAACGAAAUAAAUUCCAACCUUCCGAUUACAACCGAACCCAGUGUUAACGUUAGUUUUAACGGAGCUGAAUUAGCUGUUGUAAAGGAAGUUUCAGUAAACGAUACGCAAUAUACCACAUUUACCGACGAAAAGUUUCCAUCGAAUCACAGACAAGACAGGAAAUUUGAAAUUUAUGGAGAAAGUAAAGUUCACGACUAUAAAAAUCAAAACGUAUUACCAAAUGAAAUAAUCAAACCUAAUUUAGGAAAGGCGGAAAUAAUUGAUGGAAAUUCUCAGGUGAAUAUAAUUACACCAAGGCCGGCUCUAAGCACGGAAGCUUCAACAAUAUCUUUGGAACGAUUGUUUAUGACAGAUACCCCAAGAAGUUUACCAAUAAACGGCAAUCUUAUUCAAUUCAGUAAUAAUGAUGAGUUACUGGAGACUGAGAAUUCCAGAUUUGUAAAUGUGAGAGUUUUGGAUCAAAGCGGAAACAGAUCAACAAAAGACGUCAGAGAUAAUACAGAAUUUGUUCCGGUCAGAAUAUUAAGACCAGAAGUUGAAGAAAUAACAAUGAAGGCUGAGGUAGUAGAGGUAGCUCCAAGAAAUAAAGAAGACACAAUUAGAAUAGUGCCAAUUAAAGUAGAAAUGUCCAGAAAAUUAAUGUUAGACCCUAAAAUAUUAAAAACGGUUUCGUUCGCUACGAAAUUCGAGUCAGGAGUGCCAAAAGAAAACUCUAAACUGAUUACAUCAUCAACUCAAAGCCCAUAGUCAUUUAAAUUUAGGUAAUAGGUAUAAUUUAUGUUAUAGUAUUAUUAUGUUAUGUAUGUAUAUAGGUUGUUAUCAUUAUUUUUUUAUUAUUUAAAAGAGUGAGUGUGAAAAUUUGUAAAUAAUUUGCACUAUUGUAAUAUAUUAGCACUAUCUACUUAUCUUCUUUUUUCUGUGUGUGCCAUAAGGAUGGUUUUUUCAAUAUACUGUUUUGUUAAAAAUGGCCAGUGUGUUUUC